AUGACUUCUUCAGAACUCGAGAGCCGAAACGUAGCUUUAUCCGUGAGAAAAUCAGCAGAAAACUUGGUAGUUUCAUCUCAAGAUGCAAUAGGACAGAGUAUUAGCCAAGCACUUAGUUUUUCUGGCAUAAGCAACAAUCAACAACAAGAAAACAGAAAUUUGUCCAGGUCUCCUUCUCCAUCCCUUCGUAUCACUGAGUGCAAGGAAAACCAUUUAGACUACGAUAAUGAUGGAAAAAGUGAUAUUUCAAUCAACGUAUCAAACAUCGCAGCUGGCGAUGGUCCACUCUCUGUGGAUAUGGGGUUGCCCGCCUCUCUUAAACCUGAAUAUAACAAGCAGUUAUCCAACCCGGGAUCCCGUAGUUCGGACGGCAGCGGGCGUGCCAAGAAGAAGAGCUGGUACAAUUCCCUUUACCCCACGUACAAGACGAAGUCGGAGGACUUCAAACGACUCUUCAAGGAUCUUCCAGACGAUGAGAGGCUCAUAGUAGACUACUCGUGUGCAAUGCAGCGCGAUAUUCUUGCUCACGGGAGGUUAUAUGCGUCCCAGAGUUACCUAUGCUUCUAUGCCAACAUCUUUGGUUGGGAAACCUCUUUGACGUUGAGGUGGAAAGAUGUUACUGCCAUCACUAAGGAGAAGACUGCGCUGGUGAUUCCAAAUGCAAUCCUAGUAUGUACGGACUCGGAAAAGAAUUUUCUAACAUCAUUCUCUGGACGGGACAAGGCUUAUCUGAUGCUGUUUAGGAUCUGGCAGAACGCCCUCAUGGAUCAGCCCCUUACCACAACCGAAAUAUGGCAGUGGGUGCACACGUGCUACGGCGAGGAGCUUGGGUUCGAUUCUGACGACGAGGGAUACACGCGCGACACUGACGAUCCUCAGCCACAACCUGACACCUCAGAGGAGGCCGUGGAUGCGUCGUCUAUGGAGCACGAUGGGCUGGACGGGAGAGAUUUACGAGGAUUUACGCCGCCACUUUUAAAUGGUUCUGGUGCAAGGUUAGCAGGCGAAGAUCGGGAGGUAGACACGCUUCCAACAGACAUGUCUGACACAAGUGAGAGCGAACCUGAUAGACACCAUAAUAAUGAAGACGUUGUAUGCACGUCAGCUCACACGGGCAAAGUAUUGCUGGAGGGCGUCUUUCCAUUUCACAUUGACCAGCUCUUCACGAUGAUUUUCACCAACUCGAGGUUCCAUCUGGAACUGCUGGCUUUGCGAGGCGCCUCUGACUAUGUGCAGGCCCCAUGGCGGCCGCAGAACAGCGUCAAGUGUCGACAAGUGAGCUAUCGGCUUAGUCUCACCUCAGGACCCAUCGGGCCUAAAGAAGUUCACGUAACAGAAACACAGACAAUGAACAAAUGCUCGAAACCGGGAUGUCUGUACUCAAUCAACUGUUCAAGCGAGAACACGGGUAUACCUUACGCGGAUUACUUCAGCGUGGAAGCCCAUUAUUGCUUGAGACGCGAAGGGGAUGGCACACGACUCACAAUAUACGGCUGGGUUGAUUAUAAGAAGACCAUGUGGCCUAUGGUUAAAGCAUUCCUAGAAAAGAACACAAUGAACGGUAUGGAAGAGUUCUCUCGUAAGCUGGAGACGCAGCUGCGAGCGCAGCUUGCGCCUGCGCCGCCUGCCGCACGCGCACGCAGACGGAGGCGGCAUGACGUGUCAUCCUCCCCCCUUCCGGUGGUGUCGAGUUCAGUCCCUCUGGGGACGUCUCUUCCGGUUCGGCCCGACUCUGGCUCACGUACCGCACCCUGGCUGCUCAUGUCGCUCGUACUGCUGCUCGCUAUCAACGCACUCCUCUACUGGAACCUCUACUACGCCGAUAGGACCAUCGACUUUGACGAUUUACAGACUAGGCUAAGCUCUGCACGUACAUCUGAAACGGCAGAAUGGUCGGCGCAAUUAGCGCGACACACGCUCCGGCAACGACACCAACUACUUGCUUGGCGAGAGGCACUCGCGAGGACUGUCGCACAUCUCACACAGACGGAACAAGCGCUAUCGAAACUUUUAGAAACAAUCAAGCCGGUAUUGGAAAAGGCAGAAGGCGACGACCAAGGACAUAAAGAACUGUGA